UUGCUUUUUGAAUUUUGGUGUAUAUGCAAGAUCCAAUGAUUUUAAAUCACAUUUUCAGAUUUGACUUAAUGUGUAGUGUCCAUCUCCAUUCAGUCCCUUAGUAGAUCAAGAAUGUCAUGCUAUAGAAUGUACCUCUUUUUUAUUGGAGAAGAUGAUUCUGUUUCCAUUUUGAUAUCAGGUUCAUAAGCAAGGUGUUGCACUUGGAAGAUCUGUUGACUUGACAAAAUUUGAUGGUUAUGACCAAUUGAUCGAGGAGUUAGAUCAGCUAUUUGAAUUCAAAGGAGAAUUGAUGGCUCUAAAUAAAAAUUAGAUGAUUGUAUUUACUGAUAAUGAGGAUGAUAUGAUGCUUGUUGGAGAUGACCCUUGGCAGGAAUUUUGUGCUAUGGUCCGUCAGAUUUUUAUAUACACAAAAGAGGAGGUCCAGAAGAUGGAUUCAAGUACCUUGAACCCAAAAAAUGAAGAUUGUCCUGAUAUGAAAGAGAAUGUCAAGGAAACAAAAGGCAGUCAAUCUGCAUCAUCAUCUAAUUCAAAAAACUCAUAGGCUUAUCCUGCAAUGUCUAGUGAAAAUACUGAAGAAGUAUGACAAGAGAACAGCAGCACUUAUCAGGCAGCCCUUCAUCGAAAAGGUGCUGCAGCAGCCAUUCUUUACAACUGAUCUCCUAUACAAACUCGUGAAGGAGUGUGUGGCUAUGCUCGACCACCUCUUCCCCAGCAACAACCUGUCAAUUUCAGCAGAAUGCGACAGACAAAAUGGAGUGCCAAAGCCGGCACAAUCAGGUGGGAGGGUUCCGGAGUUGGAGGAGAUUAAAUAUAUGCAGAGCUUAUACAUGAAGAGCACCGUAGCAGCGCUGCGGUCCUUGAAACAGAUUAGGAGCAAAAGUUCAACAGUCAAAACAGAUUAGAAAA